UUGCUGAGAGCUAGCAAAGGUACCAGAAAUUCGCCACAGAGCUACUUCAGAAACACAAAAAGCAUGUCUCACACCAUCCUACUUGUGCAGCCCACAAAGAGGCCAGAGGGUCGGACAUAUGCUGACUAUGAAUCGGUCAACGAAUGUAUGGAGGGCGUGUGUAAGAUGUACGAGGAGCAUUUGAAGAGAAUGAACCCCAACAGUCCGUCCAUUACGUAUGACAUCAGCCAGCUGUUUGACUUCAUCGACGACCUGGCCGACCUCAGUUGUUUGGUGUAUCGCGCCGACACGCAGACGUACCAGCCGUACAACAAGGACUGGAUCAAAGAGAAGAUCUACGUGCUGCUUCGCCGCCAGGCCCAGCAGGCCGCCAAGUGA